GCGGCGCGGCCCCGCGGGCCCGGUUGUCGCCGCGGGCCCGGUUGUCGCCGCCCGUCCUGGCGAGGAGCAGCGGUGCCGGUGUCCCGGCGGGUAGGGAGGGGCCUGCAGGUAUUGCAGCCGGGGCGGCGGGAGAACCUGCACUCGAAUCAAGAACCAUGUGGUCAGCUGAUGAAAUCGCUGGGUUAUGUUACCUGCAUUACAGGACCAGACUUCCUAAGCAGGGAAAACCAGAUCCAAACAGGGAAUGGACUUCCCUGGCAGCUGUUGUCAAAGUGGAAUCUGCAGCCCAAAGAGAGGCUCUUGAUAGUCCAGGAAACUUGCAGGUAACUAAGGAAGUUGUUGCUAUGGGAACUGGAACAAAAUGUAUUGGCCAAAACAAAAUGCGAAAAACUGGAGACAUUCUGAAUGACAGCCAUGCUGAAAUUGUGGCCAAGAGGAGCUUCCAGAGGUAUCUUCUCCAUCAAUUGUGGCUUGCAGCUUCCCAUCAGCAAUGUAUCUUUAGUCCGGGAACUGAAACUGGGAAAUGGAAACUCAAACCAAAUAUCAUAUUUAUUUUCUUCUCCAGUCAUACCCCAUGUGGAGAUGCUUCUAUUUUUCCAAUCAGUGAACCAGAGAACCAGCUUCCUAAACCAAUGAGUGAAGGUCAUGCAGCUGGACAAUCAGCAGAAUGUAGAAGUAACCAUAAUCACUUAUGUCCAGAAGAUAAAAGAAAAUCAGAGAACAUGGCAAGAAAUUGUAUAAUCAAGAGAAUGAAAACUGAUGAUGGUGGUUGUUUUUCAGUAAUCACUGAAGACCUGGCUGUUCAGCAUGAAUCUGUGAAACGAGAAGACAACGCAAAUCAGAAGAGCUGCGAAUGUUCGGCAGAGAUGCAAACAGCUAAUAAGGAGACUGGCUUAGUGAGACCAAAGGUAGUAGAUGUUCAUAGAACUGGAGCAAAAUGUGUACCUGGAGAGCUGGAUGAUGCCCGAAUACCUGGGCUGGGGUACCACUGUGUGGGAUUAUUACGAGUGAAGCCAGGUCGAGGAGACAGAACAUGCUCUAUGUCCUGCAGUGAUAAACUGGCUCGCUGGAAUGUGUUAGGGUGUCAAGGAGCUCUUCUGAUGCAUUUUCUGCAGUAUCCAGUGUAUCUGUCAGCAGUUAUAGUGGGGAAGUGUCCAUAUAGCCAAGAAGCUAUGCAGAGAGCAGUUAUUGAAAGGUGUCAGCACAUCUCAUCUUUACCGGAUGGUUUUUUCACUCAGGAGGUUAAGCUGCUGCAAUCAGAUCUUCAAUUUGAACAUAGCCGACAGGCAAUUCAGGAAGUUCAAAGUAACAGCAAAACAAAACUUGUUCCUUGUAGUGCAGCUAUCAGUUGGAGUGCGGUCCCUGAACAACCUCUGGAUGUCACCUCAGACGGCUUCCGCCAGGGAACAACGAAGAAGGGGAUUGGGAGCCAUCAGAGCAGAUCCAAAAUCUGUAAAGUGGAACUCUUCCAUAAAUUCCAAAAGCUGGUGACAAGUAUUUCACAAGAGGAUCUACCAGACACUCUACGGAUGAAGACGCUAAAAACCUACUGGGACUACAAGGAAGCUGCAUUAAAUUAUCAAGAAGCCUGGAGAGUGCUGCGUAGCCAAGCUCUGCUGGGUUGGGUCAAGAAUGCCAAGGAAUACCUGCACUUCACAUGAGAAUCCAUGUGACUAUGUGAAUCCAGGAAUAAGCUCUGGUCCACAGCAGAUAUCUCUGCAGUUCAAGGGCCAGAAAAAUAUGCCCUCUAGUUUAUGUGCUGUAAAGAGACAGUAGUGAAAAGGAAAGCAAUUUAGAGAAUACUUCUAUUUUUACUGAGUUUAAGCCCCUUUUUUAUCUAAAUAUAGAAAAGGAUCAUUGCUGACUUAAAAUUCUGAGCUGCAUGAAACAAUAUGCCUCCAAAAGAAAGAAAGCAGUGCUGUACUAUCCUAGUAUCUGAGGGUAUGACACAGCGAUAGUCGUUGCAGUGAAAGAAAUGUCAACUGAAAUUAAAACAUUACUAUGGAAAA